ACUUGGGCCUACAGCGACGUUCAGUCGAAGACUAUUUUAUUUACAAUAAAUCCCCGCGAAAUAUCGAAGAGAAGGUUUAGUCGGAAUGAAUUGUUAUGUAUAUAUAAUUUUAGAUUCGUAAGAGAUAAUCAAUAAGAAAAGAUGGUGCAGAUAGUUGUUAAGAUGGAAAACAAUGAUAGCUGCCCAGAGUGGUUACUAUUUGAGCUUCAGGGACACUUGGAAUCCAGACAUGAAGGCCAACUGGCCGGAAACUUAAUCGGUGAUCUUCAUUUCAACAAACAGGGCAUUCCUAUUUUCAUAAUUGGCCAUCACAUUCUGUAUGGUAAAGUAGUCAAGCUGGAUAAACCAUUCAUUGUUAUGCAGAAGCACGAUGAAUGUCAUCAGGAAACAAUGGAACCAAUGGAAACAGAUUCUAACCAAUCAGCAGGAACACAAAUUCAAAAAUUGGACGAAACACAUUAUAUGGUGAAUGCAGUCAUUAGGCGUAAACUUGUCUUCAAGACAAGACCUAAACCAAUCAUUACAAAUGUACCCAAGAAAGUUUUCUGAGAAUUGAUUGAGUAUUAGAUGGUUGCGUGUAACUAUUAUCAUCUUUUCACACGGGUACAUUAAAUGGAACAUUCCAAAUCAAAAUGUGGUACAGUAUAAUGAAAAUUAUUGAUUGAGCAGUGCUCUCUUAAAAUAUGGAAUGCACUGUAAUAAUAUAUUCAACUGAUGAAACCACUGUGACUGUAACUGUUUAUAAAAAAUACAUUUGAAGUGAAUAUAUUAAAGGUUAAAAAAAAAAAGCAAAGCUUUCUGAGUAGAGCUGGUACUAAACCUAUACAGUAAUUACAUAAAGCCUGCUUUCUUAAAAUCUCUACGCUGUCGCUACAGUUUUUUCUAUGCAAUCAUAAUGCAUAACAGUCCCCAACACAAUCGGGUAGACUUCCCAUUUUCCCAAACAAAUCAGCAUCACCAAAAGCUGCCAGUGAUAGCCUGUAGCGAUUGUAUAGAAACCAAGCUUAACCAGCUCACGAUUUAUAAGAAAAAUUACUUAGUGGUGAACUUCGAAUAUUAUUAAUAAAAGUAUUGCAUAUUUUUUUUAUUAUCAUAAUCAUCA